AUGUCAAUACCGCAAACGAUUCAACAUUUCACGCAUAAUCAUCUCUUAACUCAAGUCAACGGUAUUGGCACAUACACUUGUGAUGGUUGCAAAUUGUACGGUGAAGGCAGGACCUACCGGUGCAGCGACUGCGACUAUGAUCUCCAUGAAUAUUGCGCCACGUGUCCUUCGAUUCUCUUAAACUCAUGUCACGGUCCUGAUCAUGAGCUUAGCCUGUUCAACGGUCACAUGACCGAACGCUCGUGCUAUGUUUGCCGAGUUUCUAUCCAAGGGAUGUUCUACAAAUGUAGGCAAUGCAGUUUUGAAGCUCACCCGCUUUGCACAUACGCUCCAAUGCAUGCCUCGUCUCCGGAUUUAUUGGUUACGAAGCAGAGAAGCCUGCAUGGCCAUGCGGGACAGCCAUCGCCACCACACCAGUAUGGUCAAGGAAUCCCAUAUGGCUAUCCACAUAUGGGUCAGCCUGAGCCAUACCCUCCUCAAGGUGGUGGUUAUCAACCUCAGAAUCAGAAUUAUUAUCCAUACAUGAAUUCGGGUUCUCCAAAAACAGAGUCUAUAGGUCACCCUGAGACAUACCCUCCUCAAGGUGGUGGUCAUCAACAUCAACAUCAACAUCAGAAUCAUCAGCCUGGGCCAUACACUCCUCAAGGUGAUGGUCAUCAACAUCAACAACAAAAUCAUCAUCCAUACAUGAACUCCGGUUCUCCAAAAUCGGAGUCCAGUGCAGUUUCAACUACGACUAAAACGAAAAAGAAAAAGCCAGGUUUCUUUGGAGCCAUGAAGGCUGCAGCAACUGCAACUGUUACGAUAGCGGCCCAGGUGGCCGUUGCAGCAAUGACCGAUGGCGAGACAACGUAUGAAUAA